AUGGCCAAUGUGACCACUUCCGGAAGUGCUUCAAAGCGGCGCAGGACUCCGGGUAGCUGUGAUCUUUGCAAACGGCGUAAAAGCGAUAGCGGAGGGGUCGCAGGACAACGCUGCUCAAACUGUGUCAAUGCGGGAGCUGAAUGCACCCAUGUAGAGUUAACGAAGAAUCUCGGUUCCGCGAAAGGAUACGUCUCAGGGUUAGAACAACGACUGGAAAAAAUGGAGACACUUUUGCAAAAGCUGCUACCCGGCGUCGACAUCGCUCAAGAAUUGGAAAACGGAAUUGAUUGUCCACAUGAUGAAGCUGAAGAACUUCCCCGCAAUGAUGCAAGCCUCAGCUUACGUCUCGAAAACCUCAAGUUAGAUCCUAACCGAAAGCGAUUCUUUGGAAGGUCAAGUGGUUUGUAUCUCAUCGAAACGGCCUUACAUCACAAGGAACAUCAUGUUGGAGAGUCGUAUUUUAAGCCACCAGAGGUUUUGAACCGGAAACGUGAUGCAAUAUGGGAUCCGGAGGACUGGCAAAUGCGAUAUCUCCAGUACCCACAACCACAAUACGAGUUCCCACCCGACGAUCUUUUGUUGGUACUUGUGGAUCUAUAUUUCGACAAUGUCGAUAUUGUACUUCCUCUUCUUCACCGCCCAACGUUCCAGAAAGGAAUAACGGAAGGUGUCCACCGAGAUGAUCCAUUUUUUGGCGGUACUGUGCUACUGGUCUGUGCGAUAGGCGCUAGAUAUUCCGAUGAUCCCAGAGUAUUCUCAGAAGGGCCUACUAUUCCCUCUUCUGCGGGGUGGCAUUAUUAUGCUCAAGUACCCAUAAUACGAACUAGUCUUCAACUCUCAGCAAAGCCUUCCCUUCACGAAAUACAAUGUUACGCGCUCAGUGUCACGUAUAUCAAGGCAACCACAGUAUCGCAGAGUACAUGGACACAAAUUGGGUUCGGCUUACGCCUAGCGCAAGACGUUGGUGCGCAUCGUACGCGAAAUCUUCCACGUCCGACUGUUAUGGAUGAAUUGUGGAAACGGGCGUUUUUCUUACUACUGACGCAUGAAAGGUCAAUUGGAUCUUUUGCAGGCCGACCGUCGACAAUACACGAAGAAGAAUAUGACGUAGAUUUUCCUGUAGACUGCGAUGAUGAAUACUGGGAUCAAUCUGACCCAGAUUCAAAUUUCAAGCAACCCGCUGGAACGCCUUCCAAAGUCUCUUAUUUCAUUCAUUACCUGAAACUUAUGGAUAUAUUGGCUUAUUCUAUGCGUGCAAUAUAUCCAAUACGACAAACGAAGCUCGUCUCCGGCCGCCCGGUAAUGAAGCCUACUCAACAACUCAUCGCAGAACUGGACUCCUUACUCAACCAGUGGCUCGACGCGAUGCCGGAACAUCUGAAAUGGGAUCCAGAUCGGCGCGGUCCUUUCUUCAAACAAAGUGCGAUGUUAUAUAGCAAUUAUUAUAACUUGCAGUGCUUCAUCCAUCGGCCAUUCAUUCCAAUGCCUCGAAAUCCAUCUUCGUUGUCUUUCCCUUCCUUGACAAUGUGCGUCACCGCAGCACGAGCAUGCAGUCACGUUGCAGUAGCUAUGAUCGAACAAAAUGUUCUGUUGCCGUUUCCUCAGUCCACGAUGUGCUUUUUCACUGCUGCAGUCGUACUACUGCUCAGUACUUGGACAAGAAGACGCUCUGGCGUAGCCUCAGCAAAUGCUGAUGCGAUGUUGGGAGUGGAUGCUUGUUUACAAACGUUCAAAAUGUGUGAAACCAGAUGGCCAUCAUCGGGAAGAUUCUGGGAUAUGAUUACAGACAUGGCCAGAGUUGGUGAAAUACUUCCACUGACUAACAACAAGAGGCCAAGAUCGUCUGAGGACUUGCGUGACCAAGUUCAACAGUCGUCGGCUGAAAACAGGGAAGACAGACAGAUUGUUGGCUCGUAUCGAGUGUUCCAUACCCCACGCGAUCCGUUACACGGUCCUCAUAAUUUCGGACCCGAAUCAGAAUUUGGAAACGAGGCUACCCAAAGUUUCGAUUUGAGCAGCUUCCUUAACACCACUCCGAGUCAAGGCUCUUCUCCUGAAGGCUCUGUACUUGAUACCCCACGACAUCUCUUUGAGGACCCUCUCAGCACACUUAGACCUUCAGAAUUCACAAUCCCAAAUCCAAAUUCUCUUGAAAAUGCUAGCGCUGACUCUUCGCCUCAGACCGAUUUCGAUUUCGACACCUUCUUGGCCUCUUUACCCAGUAGCAUGGAUAAUGCAGCAUCGUCGAUGUGGUCCGCAACGCCGGCUGGAUAUGAGGCAGAUGACUGGAAAGUCUAUUUAUCGAACCUGCAAGGAACGGGUGUCCUCGACAGCAUUGUGAACCAGCAAACGUGGUAG